AUGGUUACUGACAUGGAUGCUACAUCCGAUAGUAGUCGAAAUUUGUCAGGUGUCUGUCAAAGUGCCUGUGGUGGUUCAUCGACCCUCGAAGAAGACCACGAUGAUCUCAAUGCCAAAGAAGAUGAUAUGACAUUUUGUAUGUCGAACUAUGCAAAAGAAGCUCUCAAAAUGAUGUUUAUGAUGCGUUCCCAUAACAUGCUAACCGAUGUCAUCUUGGAGGUUAAACAUGAACUAUUUCCAGCCCAUAAAGUUGUACUGUCGGCAGCAUCACCAUAUUUUAAGGCCAUGUUUACCGGUGGUCUUAAAGAAACCGAAAUGUCACGUGUUCAAUUACAAGGGGUGUGCCCAACAGCUAUGGGUCGUAUUAUAUAUUUCAUGUAUACGGGACACAUACGGGUGACCGAGGUGACGGUUUGUCAAUUAUUACCUGCCGCAACCAUGUUCCAAGUGCCAAAUGUGAUAGAUGCCUGCUGUGCCUUUUUGGAGCGUCAGUUGGAUCCAACGAAUGCCAUAGGGAUUGCAAAUUUUGCCGAACAACAUGGUUGUACGGAGCUGCAAAAGAAGGCCAAUCAUUUUAUAGAACGCCAUUUUACUCAGGUUUGCCAAGAAGAGGAAUUCCUACAAUUAUCUGCCUAUCAGCUAAUUGCCCUUAUUCGCCGCGAUGAACUCAACGUUCAAGGUGAACGUGAGGUGUACAAUGCCGUACUGAAAUGGGUAAAAUACGACGAGGAGAAUCGUUAUCCGAAAAUGGAACAUAUUCUCUUUUCGGUACGCUGUCAAUUUUUGACACCAACAUUCCUACGCGAACAAAUGAAAAACUGUGAUGUGUUACGUAAAGUGCCAGCAUGUCGUGAAUAUUUGGCGAAAAUUUUCAAAGACUUGACAUUGCACAAAAGGCCCGUGGUAAAGGAACGUAAACCGAAUACAACACGUAUGAUAUUUGUGGCUGGCGGUUUCUUCCGUCAGUCAUUGGAUAUACUCGAAGCCUAUAAUGUAGAUGAUAAAACAUGGACAAUG